CGGGCCUGCUAACUGCUACCGUAAGCUGCCUCCGAAACUAUAACUCUUGAAAAUCGCAUUGGGCGUAGACCAAUAGGGCUUGUUGGCGAUAGUUCAGGAGAAUCUAUUCCACAUAUCGGGUAGGGAUAUACAAGCUGACCGUGCUGUUGAGUCUGGGGUACGGUGGAGCCGAUGGCGGAGGAAUCUGGGGAAGAUGGAGCUCCACAAUCUGGGGAAGCUCCUGAGUAUAUGAGGGUACUUAUCUCACGGUCAGCUAAGGAAUUCUGUUCUCAUCAUCAGCUCCCUCUUUUCCAGUAGCUGCGCCCUCACUCCUCUUUCAUCGACUUGGUCGACCCGUGAAGCACUUGGCGGGGCAAUUAAGCACCAGUGCUUCUGUAACAUACCCAGAAGGUUGUUGGACAAACCGAUACCAUCAUGUCCUCUUUCGCCGACGAGAAAGGCGAUGUUGCCGCCAUCGAACGCGUCGAGUCCGACGCGUCAGCUAACAAUGCUUCUAUCGAGCGGUUUACCCCUGAGCAACAAAAGAAGAUUAUUCGCAAGGUGGACUUUCGGCUUAUCCCUACGCUUGGUUGCAUGUACUGUGUCUCGCUCAUGGAUCGUACCAAUCUUGGUGUCGCCAUGGUGGCAGGCAUGGGUGUCGAUCUGAAACUCACAGGCGAGCGAUACAGUAUCAUUGUCUUGCUGUUUUUCAUCACUUAUGUUGCACUGCAGCCUCCGGCAACUGUCGUCCUAAGAAAGUUGGGCCCAAAGCUGUUUUUGCCAUCUAUAGUGGUCAUUUGGGGAGCCGUCAUGAUUGGUUUUGGUUUCGUCAAGGAGUGGACUUCUCUGAUCCCUCUUCGCCUCAUACUUGGUGUAUUUGAAGCUGGCUUCUUCCCUGGCUCCGCAUACCUUCUUUCUUGCUGGUACAAACGGUACGAGCUCCAAAAGCGCAACACCUUCUUUUUCCUCAUCGGAAUGUUGUCUUCAGCCUUUUCCGGCAUCCUUGGCUAUGUCUUCUCCCUGCUCAACGGCCAUGGUUACCAAGCAGCAGAGUGGCUCGGCCCGCACUAUGGCCCAACAAAGAAAGCACCCAAAACUCCCGUCGGAUUCGGCUCAGGCUUGUCUGGCUGGCGUUGGAUCUUCAUGCUGCAGGGAAUCAUCACCGUCGCUAUCGGUCUUAUCGGAUGGUACUACAUUGUUGAUUUCCCAGAGUUGGCUGCCAAACCGAGCAGGAUUCAAAAGAAAUUCCUCGAGCAGGAAGAAGUGGACUUCAUUGUUGCAAGAAUCGAGCAGGACCGCCACGAUGUAGUCGCCGAAGAAUUCAACCUCAAUAAGUACCUUGCCGGCGCCAUGGACCUCAAGGUCUGGGGCUUCGCACUAAUCUUCAUGUUUACGACUACGAUCACAUACGCUAUUGCAUACUUCCUUCCCAUCAUCCUCAAAGACGGAAUGGGCUUUAGCGCUGCUGCUAGUAACUGUCUCAUUGCCCCGCCCUACGUAUUCGCUGGAUUUGUCAUGAUCGGCUUCGCGUGGGCUGGUGACAAGUACCAGAUCCGCUCUCCCUGGGUCAUUGCCAACGGUGUCCUUGCUCUUAUUGGACUCCCUAUGAUGGGUUUUAGCUCCAAUACUGGUGUCAGGUAUUUCGGGGUCUUCCUCGCUACCGCAGCAGCCAAUGCCAACGUUCCCUGCAUUCUCACCUGGCAAGCAAACAACAUCCGCGGUCAAUGGAAGCGCGCUCUCUGCUCUGCUACCCUCGUUGGUGCUGGAGGCAUCGGCGGUAUAGUUGGUGGCACAGUCUUCAGGACCCAGGACGCUCCCAGGUACGUCCCUGGUAUUAUUGCCUGCAUGAUCUCGGCAGGCAUGAUCAUCUUCAUUACGCUCUUGCUGAACUUCAAGUUCUGGAGAGCAAACAAGAGAGCUGCCAGUGGUGGUAAGAUUAUUGAGGGGCUUGAGGGAUUCAGGUAUACGCUAUAAUUGCUAGCAAGCGGGAAUGUGGAAGAGAGUUAUGAUUGAUGAUCAAGACGAUGAAUAAGGUUAAUGUCGAGGUGUUCGAACAGAUGCAAGCGCACGUGCAUUAGUUAGUUUUCGAUAAAUAUACCCAAUGAAUGAUAUCACG